CACUAUAGCCUAGCCGCAACGCAAUCACAAGAAAGAAAGAAAGAAAGAAAGAAGUAAUGGAGGAGGACGUGGGAGCGGUGUUCCGGAGGAAGCACAAGAUGGAGGAUGAGGACCAAGACAUCGUCACCUUCAUCCGCCAAGCCAUCUCCGUCGCUUCCGUCGUCGCCCCCGACCAGCUCAAGAACCAGAGGACCCACAUCCUCAAACUCCUCUUCAACGAGGAUCAUCAUCCUCAAACGCCGGCGCCGACCGAUACCAAGAAGAAGAACAUCAACAGCAAACCCCCCGCCGCAGAUGUUUCUUGUUCUAGAAAGAUAAAGAUCAAGAUUGUCAACANUGGGUCGUCCUUCAAGAAAGCCGCCGCCGCCGCGGAGAACAAGAAGCUGCUGGAAGCCGCCAAGAGGAACCUGAGCCAGCGCUACGCGGAAGUUGCGGAAAACAAGGCCAAGAGAAAGAUCCAGUGCAUCGGCGUUUCUGAAACCAUGAUGCUCCUCUCCCGCGACCGAACCACUGCUGCGGCCCCAAACCCUAAGAGGAGGAUCGGAGGACGAUGGUGAAGACCACGAUGAUGAUCCAACAAGAACAACAACAACAAGAAGAAGAAGAAGAAGAACAAUUUUAAUAAUUAGUCCACCACAUA